AUGAUCCUCAUACACUGCGCCGCCUGUGCCGCCCCACUGGUCCACGACGCGCCGGGGUGUGGAGUUUGUGCCACCAGAUAUUGCAGUGAGGCCUGUCGACUCGAUGGCCAGCGCGGAGGACACAACGAAGUGUGUUUGGCGAUACACGACGGCGGCAACGCGGAACAAUAUCACGCCGACCAAAAAUACAAUGAGGCCGUCUCGGUCGCGGUCGAGGCGUGCGCGGACGACACCGCGGGUCAAAUGUGCUACAUCUGUUAUGGCGAGGGCGAUGAAGAGGGUCUCGUUCGUGGUUGUUCAUGCCGCGGGGAGUCUGGCUUCGCGCACGUGUCGUGCUUGGCGCGGCAGGCCCAGGUCGCGGUCGAGCGCGGCGGCGGGCGACGCUUUGAUCGAUGGUACUCGUGUGGCCUGUGCGAGCAAGAUUACCACGGCGCCGUGCGGUGUGCGCUCGGGUGGGCGUGCUGGAAGACAUACUUGGGCCGGCCGGAGGAGAACCUGCUUCGGCGGGAAGCGAUGAAACAGCUUGGGAACGGUCUGUACGCUGCCAAUGACGUCGGAUGCGGAGACGUCCUCGAUUCAUUCUGCGUGAGACACGCACAUCUGUCUUUGCUGCGGCGCGUUGGCGCACCAGAAGGCGACAUACUCGCCGCGCGGGGCAAGCUCGCGAGAACGUAUCGAAUGCUUGGUCGGGGUGAAGAGGCCUUGCGCAUUGUGCGACACGCAUAUUUCAAACAUUGUAGGCUCUUGGGCGAGGAUGAUAGGGAAAGCCUCGUCUUAGCCGAAAACUAUGCGUCAUCCAGGCUUUACCUCGACCCCGACGAAGCCAAGGCAUUGCUGCGCAAAAUAAUCCCUGUGGCGCGGCGCGUAUUUGGAGAGGAUCAUCAGCUCGCGAUCAGAUUGAGGUGGCUGUACGCGGCGAGGCUCUGCGAGGACCCCAAGGGCAGCGAGCCCACGCUCGACGACGUCCGCGAGGCCGCGACGACGCUCGAGGAGUUGGAACGGACGGCGCGGCGCGUGCUGGGCGGUGGACAUCCGAUGGCACGGGAGAUCAAAAGCAGCAUGCACUACGCGCGGAGCUUAUUGCCGGUGUUCAGGGUCGCGGCGGAAUGGUUCUCUUAUCGCAACUGCAUUCUAACACGGCGGAAGUAUUUCGUAAAUAACGCCGUCGACGACGGGCGCGACGCCGACAUGGACGACGUGCUCGCGUCGUGA